UUUAUACAAUACAACGAAUCGCUUCGUACCGCACAAACGUACUUACAUUAAAAUUAUAUGUAACUUACACGUGAAAUCUGAGAGAUGUGUCCUUAUCACACUAUCAAGAUUCACGCCAGUGUCAGUCAAAUAUAAAGCAAUAAAAGUCUUUAUAAUGUAUACUAGUAAAGCCGUUUAUUGUUACAUGAAACUAUUUUCUUAGAUGUCACACACAAACUACCUUGAGGAAUCUGUUGAAAACCGCGCAUCUUCGUCUUAAGAAAAACGGAUAAUCUGUGUCUGUUUGCGUCUUUUCAUUUUUUUUGUGAACAAUUACUCUACACGACGAAUGAUAACAACGUUUUGUGAAUCAACUUUAGUUGUGUUAACUUUGUGCUAUUGUUGAAAAUGUAUUUAAAGCGUAAUUAAUAUUAAUCGACGUGUCUUAUGUACUAAAGGACUAUAAUUUUAUAUGUAUAGACAUUUUUUAAUGAAACUUGAAUAACUAUGAGUGUCGAAAAUGCUGCUGAGAAGGAAUACAACCCCUAUGAGCACCGAAAAGUGGAAAAGCCAACUUCAGAUAUACGAUCAACAGCAAACUUGAUCAAAGCCUCCCUAGGCUCUGGUUUGUUGGCUGGUCCAUUGGCGUUCUCCAACGCAGGAUGGGGCGUCGGGCUGUUCGGCACAUUGCUCGUCGGUGUCAUAUGUGGACACUGCAUUCAUAUAUUAGUGAGGACAUCACAACAAUGCUGCGUUAUAGACAAGAAACCUUCACUCGGUUACGCAGAGACUUGCAAAUCUGCCUUCAUGAAUGGACCGAAAGGUGCUAGAAGAUUUGCCAACUUCGCCAGUAUUUUUGCUGAAUUCGCUCUACUAUGUACGUAUGCGGGAGUCUGCUGUAUCUAUACUGUAUUGAUAUCAGAUUCAGUAAAACAGUUGGUCGAUCAAUACGUACCAUCUACUAUUCUACCAGUAGAAUACUACUGCCUUAUAAUACUGGUACCAAUAAUAUUACUAUGUCAGAUCAAGUAUCUGAAGUUCCUCGCGAUAUUCUCCGGUAUAGCCAACAUUUUACUGUUCACUGUAUAUGUUGUAUGUCUGUACUAUAUCUUUGGAGGCGAAUUGUCGUUUCAAGGGAAACAAGCUGCCGGUGAUCCUGCAAGAUAUCCAGCGUUUUUAUCGACAGUAAUAUUCGCAAUGGAAGGGGUUGGAGUGGUGAUGCCGAUUGAGAACACGAUGAAGAAGCCACAGAACUUCCUGGGCUGUCCAAGUGUGCUGGUGGUAGCCAUGGGAGCCAUCGUCUUCCUCUACGGCACCCUCGGCAUGUUUGGAUACCUCCGAUAUGGAGACGUGUUAAGAGGAUCUAUCACUCUCAAUCUUCCUACUGAUGAAUGGCCAGCCGUAUUAGCAAAGGUUUCUAUAGCGUUAUCAAUAUUCUUGACAUACCCACUGCAAUUCUACGUGGUGAUUGAUAUCUUCACGAGAUACACUCAGCCUUAUAUAAAGGAGAACUAUAAGCAGAUGACUCAAAUUGUGGCCAGGACUGUGGGAGUGUGCUGUUGUGUGGGUAUAGGAAUGGCGCUUCCUCUACUGGAACAAAUCCUCAACAUAGUCGGAGCACUGUUCUACUCCAUCCUUGGCCUCGUGAUCCCAAGUGUCAUAGAAACCGUCUUCAAAUGGGAAAACCUGGGCAAAUGGAACUGGAUACUCUGGAAGAAUGGAUUCAUCUUCUUAUUCGGGAUGUUCAGCCUCGUGUCAGGGUGUACCGUCACAAUCAUGGACAUCAUCAAGAUUCUGAACGAAAAAACUGAGUAACAAUAGCAAUGUUUAUGUAGCCAAAUAUAGUAUUAAAUUGUAAAUUAUAUACAA